AUGACCGUUCUGGUAACCGGGGCCACGGGAUUGUUGGGGCGACGGGUGGUCCAGCAACUGCUGGAGACCAACCACGAAGUACGGGUCAUGGUGCGUCGUCCGGGCAGCGAGCGCGCGCUUGCCACGCCGCCGACGGACGUUUGCUACGGGGACGUGAGCAAUCCCGACGCCCUUGCGGAGGCGUGCCGGGACGCAACGGCGGUGAUCCACCUGGUGGCGGUGAUACGCGGCGGCCCGAGGCAGUUUGACGACGUCAACCGGCAGGGCACGGCCAACGUGGUCGAGGCGGCCAAAGCGGCGGGCUCGGUAAAACGGUUCAUCCACGUCAGCGCGCUGGGGGCGGCCAACACGCCGCGGCUCCAGUAUCUGCACUCCAAAUGGCAGGGUGAACAGGCGGUGGCGGGCAGUGGGCUGCCGCACGUGAUCCUGCGCCCGUCGCUGAUAUUCGGGCCAGGGGACGAGUUCACCACGGCGGUGGCGGCUCUGGUGCGAACCAUGCCCCUGGUACCGGUGAUUGGUUCCGGCAAUAACCGCCUGCAGCCGAUCCAUGUCGAUGACGUGGCCCGGUGCAUCCUCCUGUCGGUCAGCGGCAACGCCCGGGGCAACCGGACCAUCGAGAUCGGCGGGCCGGAGCAGUUGUCCUACAACGAAAUCGUGGGCGUCGUGGCGCGGACGCUGGGCAAGAAAAGGCGGCGGGUGAACGUGCCGCUGUGGAAGGUCCGCCUGCCCGUGACCAUCAUGGAGAAGCUGACGCCCCGGGCCCCCAUAAACCGGGCGAUGCUGCAGCUGGUAACGCUGCGGAACGUGGCCGAGCCGGGCUCAGUGGAGCGUCACUUCGGGUUCCGGCCGAGACCGCUGUACGGAAACAUCGACCACGUGCGAAGCAUGACGGCCGGCCAGGCCAUCCGUAUCAACCUGGGAUUGUCCACGGGCAGCUAG